AUGUACCAAGCUGACUUCAGCCAUACCCUGGGCCACUUCAAGGUGACCCCGGACUUUCGGGUUCGCUAUGCGUGGUUCGCCUCGCCCCACGCUGCCCGGCUGGUGCUGGAGGCCCUAGAGGCCGAGAAGCACAGUGACCUGCGGGACUUCCUGGUGGCUUCUGGCAGCCACCCUCCCAUGGCAAGCCUGAGGGGCGUGCUGUUUGAGCAGUACAGCCACAACGUCGUUUUGCAGGGCGGCAUCUCCUGCGCCAUGCGCCAGCUGCGCCCGUCUCGCAGGCGCCCUAACCGCACAGAUACAACAGAGUACGAUGAGGCCAAGCUCCUGCUUGAAGUGGACAACGAGCCAGAAUCCCACCAUGAGGUCGUGGAUGGUGGUCAGCAGCAGCAGCAGCAGGCGCAGCUUAGUGGCGGCCCCACGUCCGGCAUGCAGACGCAUGAGCAGCAGCAGUGGCAGCAGCAGCAGCAGCAGCAGCAGCAGCAGCAGCAGCAGCAGCAGCAGGAGCAACUGCAGGACAGGCAGCGACAGCUACACGGGGUGCAGGAGCAGCAGGAGGAGCAGCUGCUGGAGCCACCGCAGAAGCAGCAGCGGCAGCACGAGCAGCAGGAACAGGAGCAGCAACAGACGCAGCAGCAGGAGCAGGAGCAGCAGCAGCAGCAGCAGCAGCAGGCACUGGUUGAGCAGCAGGUGCUGCGAUCGAGCGCCGCGAGCAGCAAAUACACUCUUCCGCGCGGCGUGACGUUGCAGUGGGAUGGCCCCUGUCUGCAGAGUGCGGGUCGCGAGCUGCUCCAGAGCCCUGCCUACAAGCGGUGCGUUGGGUCCUUCAACCAGGCCGGCGCGGAGGCCGGCCUCAGGAAGCGCGUGCCCUCCUGCGUCAACUUCAACCUGCAGAAGUGCUGCGCGGAGACCAAGGCCACCCUGAACGGCGGCAACUUCCAGGGCUGCCUUUGCGAUAAGGAGGUGUCCACCUUCCUCGAGGGCCGCCUCUCCAAGGCCGGCAUCGCAGGGCUCAACGCCAACACCUUCAGCGUGUUCCUGAAGACCUGCGGCAUCCCCAACGCCAAGACAGGCGGCUGCUGA